AGGGGCCGGGGACCGCUUUCCUGCGAGCGAGAGCGGGGCGCGGCUGCCAGCGAGGGGAGGGGCAGGCUCAGGCAGCUCCCCAGCGGCUCCCAGAGUGAUAAAACUGAAGAAAUAACAAGGAGGGGCGUCUCGGCGUCUCCUGGGUCCAAUCCGGUCUCAGGAGCGAACACGCUCCCGGGCAGGCAAGCGUGAGAGAGGCCAAGACGACUUAAAGACGAGCAGCGGCGAGACGCGCUCCUCCGCGCCCUGCGCCUGCCCGGGCUCGCGCCUCUCGGCACUCCGCCUCCUCCCUCCCCGGCCGCUCGCCCCGAUGGCCGCCCCCGAGCCCCGGGGCUCCGUGCGCGGAGCCCUCUGCAGCCUGCUGCUGACCCUCGUGGUCUUCAGUUUUGCUUGUGAAUCCUGCAAAAUGGUGAUAUUUAAUAUACCUUCUAAACUAGAGGCAAACAAAAUGGUCGGCAAAGUUGAUUUGAAAGAGUGCCUCGGGUCUGCAGAUCUCGUCCGGUUGAGUGACUCUGAUUUCAGAGUCCUAGAUGACGGGUCAGUAUACACGGCCAGCGCUGUUGAGUUGUCUGAUGAGAAAAGAUCGUUCACCAUAUGGCUUUCUGACACGAAGAGACAGACACAGAAAGAGAUUACUGUGCUCCUGGAACAUCAGAAGAAGGUGCUGAGGAAAAGACAUCUUAAAGAAACUGUUCUCAGGCGUUCCAAGAGGAGAUGGGCUCCUAUUCCCUGUUCAAUGCAGGAGAAUUCCUUGGGCCCUUUCCCUCUGCUUCUUCAACAAGUUCAAUCUGAUGCAGCACAGAACUAUACCAUCUUCUACUCAAUAAGUGGGCGUGGAGUUGACCAAGAACCUUUAAAUUUGUUUUUCAUAGACAGAGACACUGGAAAUCUGUAUUGUACUCGGCCUGUGGAUCGUGAAGAAUAUGAUGUUUUUGAUUUGAUUGCCUAUGCGUCCACUGCAGAUGGGUAUUCAGCAGACUUACCUCUUCCACUGCCCAUCAGGGUGGAGGAUGAAAAUGACAACUACCCUAUUUUCACAGAAGCAAUUUAUAAUUUUGAAGUUCCAGAAAGUAGUAGAAUUGGUACUACAGUGGGGGUGGUUUGUGCCACGGACAGAGAUGAACCAGACACGAUGCAUACACGUCUGAAGUAUAGCAUUUUGGAGCAGAGGCCAAGAUCACCUGGGCUCUUUUCCGUGCAUCCCAGCACAGGCGUAAUCACCACAGUCUCUCCUUAUCUGGACAGAGAGGUUGUAGACAAGUACUCAUUGAUAAUGAAAGUACAAGACAUGGACGGUCAAUUUUUUGGAUUGAUAGGUACAUCAACGUGCAUCAUAACAGUAAAAGAUUCAAAUGACAAUGUACCCACUUUCAAACAAAGUGCUUAUGAAGCAUCAGUAGAGGAAAAUACAGUCAAUGUGGAAAUCUUACGAAUAUCUAUAGAAGAUAAGGAUUUAAUGAACACUGCCAAUUGGAGAGCCAAUUUUACCAUUUUAAAGGGCAAUGAAAAUGGACAUUUCAAAAUCAGUACAGACAAAGAAACUAAUGAAGGUGUUCUGUGUGUUGUAAAGCCUCUGAAUUAUGAAGAAAACCGUCAAGUGAUCUUGGAAAUUGGAGUGAGCAAUGAAGCUCCGUUUACUCGAGAUGUUGCACUCAGAAUGGCAACUGUGAACAAAGCCUUGGUCACAGUUCGUGUGAGGGAUCAGGAUGAAGGGCCUGAAUGUAGCCCUGCAGCCCAAUAUGUACGGAUUAAAGAAAAUUCAGCAGUGGGGACAAAGAUCAAUGGCUAUAAAGCAUAUGACACUGAAACUAGAAGUAGCAAUGGCUUAAGGUACAAAAAAUUGCAUGAUCCUAAGGAGUGGAUCACCAUUGAUGAGCUUUCGGGAUCAAUCAUAACUUCCAAAACCCUGGACAGGGAGGUUGUGACUCCCAGAAAUGACGUGUAUAAUGUUACAGUCCUGGCAAUAGACCAAGGUGGUAGAUCAUGUACUGGCACACUUGUAGUUAACAUUGAAGAUGUGAAUGAUAAUCCACCGGAAAUACUUCAAAAUUAUUUAGUAAUCUGUAAACCAAAGAUGGGUUAUAUUGACAUUUCAGCUGUUGAUCCAGACGAACGUAUCCAUGGUGCUCCGUUUUAUUUCAGCUUGGCAAACCCUUCUCCAGAAACCAGUAGAAUAUGGACCCUUACCAAAGUUAAUGAUACAGCUGCCCGUCUUUCCUAUUGGAAGAAUGCUGCAUUUCAAGAAUAUAAUGUUCCUAUUACUGUAAAAGAUAGAGCAGGUCAAUCUGCGACAAAAACCUUGAGAGUUAAUCUGUGUGACUGUGAUUAUCCAAGUCAGUGUCUGGCAGCUUCGAGGAGUGCUGAUGUGACGCUUGGAAAAUGGGCCAUCCUUGCGAUACUCCUGGGUGUGGCGUUACUUUUCUCUGUGUUGCUAACUCUAGUAUGUGGAGUUGUUGGUGCCAGAAAAAAAAAAUGUUUUCCUGAAGAUUUAGCACAACAAAACUUAAUUAUAUCAAACACAGAAGCACCUGGAGAUGAUAAAGUGUGUUCUGGCAAUGGGUUUAUGACCCAGACAGUCAACAACUCUAGUCAAGGCUUUUGUGGUACUCUGGGAUCAGGAGUCAAGAAUGGAGGGCAGGAAACCAUUGAACUGAUGAAAGGAGGACACCAGACCUUGGAAUCGUGCGGAGGGGCCGGACACCAUCACACCCUGGAUUCCUGCAGGGGGGGACAUGUGGACACGGACAACUGCAGAUACACUUACUCAGAGUGGCAUAGUUUCACUCAGCCCCGUCUUGGUGAAGACUCCGUUAGAGGACACACUGGUUAAAAAUUAAACAUAAAAGAAAUUGCGUCUGUGUAAUCAGAGUGACGACCACGUGCCAUCCCAAGAUUACGUCCUUACAUACAACUAUGAAGGACGAGGAUCUCCAGCUGGUUCUGUAGGUUGCUGCAGUGAAAAGCAGGAAGAGGAUGGCCUUGACUUUCUAAAUAAUUUGGAAGCCAAAUUUACUGCCUUAGCAGAAACGUGCACAAAGAGAUAAUGUUAAAGUGCUACAAUUAGGCGUGAGGCGUGUCUUUACCAGACAUUCUGGAGGAUUCCAAAAGGGAUAUUGUAAAAUUCAAUUUCAAUUUCUAAUAUAUAUAUGAAUAUAUAUAGCGAUUUUUCUAAAUUGUGAAUUGUGCUAUUUACCAAUGUGUAUUUUUAUAGCAGUUUGUUGCAUAUCUUUUCCAAGAAGUUUAAAAUGUUAAAACAUAUUUUGCCUUUUUUACCACUGAGUAAAUAGACAAAUCUUGUGCUGUAGCAUUGAAUUAAGGUCUAUAAAGGACCUGCUCUCUUUUAUAGAUAUUUUCCCAGUGAAUAUGUUGGGUAAAUAUUAGUCCAACAAUAGCUAAGCUGUACUUGAUUGAAUAUAGCAGAACAGCUAUCUGGGCCAGAAAUUCUGUUCUUGUUCCAGAUUUAGAUUUAAGUGGAAUAGCAUUGUAUCAAACACAAUGGCAAAUGAUGUUGGAUCUUUUAGCUGUAAAAAACCAGUAGCACCUCAUCAGUAGCCCUUAAGGCUACUAGAAUUUGGUUUUCCUUCUGGUUAGCAAUAAGAUCGUGAGGAGCAGUCUUGUCUACUGAGUUGCCCUAGAAAGAGCUCAAAAAUAGAUAGCCACGACUUUAAACUACACCAGGAAAGUGUAGACCAAAAAUUUGUGCUGUUUUUGCGGUUUUGAAAGUGUGUUUUGUGGUUUACAAAAGGAUUGUUAUGAGGAAUAUGUCUAAGUUUUCUGAUUCUCAAAAAACGAAACUAUAUUCACCGUACAGAGAGUUAUUGCCAAUAUUUUAAAAGAAAAAUGCUAAGAUCUUCUAUUGAGAUUGUAAUCACAAGUCUUAACACUUUUUUUCCUGAGAUUCAAGACUACUAUUGAUAACUUGCCUGUAAUGAAAAUUAUGCUGAGAAAAAGUUCUUUUCUUCUCUAGGGUAUUGUACUUUCAUAUUUCCAUUUACAAGCUUAGCACAUAUGACAGUUUUCUCUCGAUAGUAGUCAUUUGCAAUUAGAAUAUGUUAGCUUCAGGUGGAUUGUGGUUAUGUCAUAUAGUCUGAAGAAACAGGCUCCGCUCCCAUCAUAGUUAUGAGUAGCAACGAGGGGUAAGCAUGCAUCUCCAUUCACUACCGUUAUCAAACAAAAUACAUUGCUCCUUAUUACAGCAGGUAAAUAUUACAAAAUACUGUAAAGAAUUAAAAGAAUGUAGUGAAACUUAA